UCCCAUUGCAGGCUUCGCUCCCUGCACCUUCCACUGUAGUGGAUCCGUACCGUUCCCCCACUUGUGUCGCGAAGCAUCUUUUACUUCCCCGGAAGGACGAAGCACGGCAGAGCGAGGCAAAGGAAUCCAAAGAAAGCCCCCGCCCCGCCCCAACCCUAACCCUAGUCCUUCCCAGCAGCUUUCUGCGAAGCCAUGGCGGACGCCCGCCGGCGGUCCCCGGGCCUCCGCCGCGCGCUAUGCUGCACAUUCGCAGCUUCCACCCAGAGCCCUGACCGCCCGAGACACGACUGCCCCCACCCCCGGCGCCGCCCCUCCAAGCCCCCGCCCAAGACGCCCUGCCCUGGCUCCCUCCAUAGCUCCCCCUCCCCCACCAGCAGGCUCGGCCUCGGCAUCAUCGACCGCCGCCGGAUCCUCUCCCCCGGUAGGGUCUCCCCCAUCGACUCCGACGCCCCCCUGGGCCCACUGCCAGAAAUCUCCGACUCCGUGUCGAUCGCCUCCGUGAUCGCCAAGUUGGAGCCGGAGCGGCCAGAUCCGGUCUCGAAGGACAGGUCUUUGGCGUCGGAGAAUCCGGAUGCGGAGAAUAGGGCGUGCUUCGGGGAGAGCGGCUCGGAGUUGAAGCUUAGUUUGAAGGGGAAAGAUGGGAGGUGCCUGGUGCUGGAGCUGGAGCCGGGGAUUCUGUCCGAAAGCAGUGCGCUUUUGGCAGCGAUGCUUUCGAAAUCUGCAAGGCAGGUGCCGGAUGCGUCCGGUGAUUCCUGCAAGAUAGAGUUUUCUGGUCUGGAGAAUGUGGACGUUUUCAAGGAGACCAUCGAGCUGAUGUAUGCUAAGGAUGCAGCGAGGUGGCUGAUCAAGGGAGGCGUCUCCCGAGCAAUCGACAUACUUGAGGUAUCUUCGACAAUUAUGUUUGACAGAGGCAUGAAAUCCUGCUUAAGGUACAUUGAGGCUGUUCCAUGGAGUGAGAAUGAGGAGGAGAAGCUGAAGAGCUUGUUUGCGAGGUGUAAAUUUGACGAAGCAAUUUCAGAAGAUAUGCUAGCGAGGUUGGGUCCACAAGGCCAGAAUAACCCUGAGGAUCUAGCAGUUCAUCUUAUUCAAUCCGUCACGAACGGGACAAAUACAAAAGCAAGGAAGGAGAUGCAGUCUCUUGUCAGCGGUCUCCUAUCCAAAAGCUCAGUCUACCAAAAGGACCCUGCUGGAGUCGACAAGGAGAGGCUGUAUGACACUUGCCAUUCAUGUUUGAAUUCCCUUGUCCAUCUCUUUGAGGAAGCCUCAGACCAUGGCAUUGUGGGUCGAAUGGAAACAAAGCCACUGAUCGAGAGGGUCUCAAAACAAGUCGAAAACCUCAACUGGCUGUUAGAAAUCCUGAUGGAAAAGGAGAUGGCUGAAGAUUUUGUGCACAUGUGGGCAAACCAAGAGGAACUGAUCAAGAUGCACGGAAGGGCAUCGCCGAUGAUGAGGUACGAGCUCAGCCGCAUCUCAGCAAGUGUAUUCAUUGCACUUGGGAGGAGAAAGCUGCAAUGCCAUGGCGAUGAGAGGUUCGCCGUUCUCAGAGCAUGGUUUCAACCGAUGUUGUGGGACUUUGGCUGGUUGCAGCGGUGCUCCAAGGGGCUGGAUAUGAGAACGUUGGAGGAGAGCCUAGGGCAAGCAUUGCUCACCCUUCCAUUGAAACAGCAGCAGAGCUUUUUCGAGGAAUGGUUUCGCUGCUUUGCGGAGCAUGGCACCGGGUGCCCGAACCUGAGCAAGGCUUUUCAGGUAUGGUGGCGACGGCUGUUCUGGAGAUCUCAGAAGCAUGCAGUUGAGUUCUUCAACACCUGAGUUCUCGGAUUCAGACUACUGAUCUAUGGAGUUCCAAAAAGCAAUUGACCGAUGAGCCCCCCAUGCAUUCUUUUCUUCUGUGGAUAAGAAAUGGUGAAUUAAUCGUGAGAGUAAUGCGUGGAAGGAAUCACAGGCGCGAUGGCUCGUCUUGGGUAAGAAUCUGUGUACUCUGCACUGCUAUGCUUUGCACUUCCAAAUCAGCAGCAUUCUUAAUCCUAUUCUACUCUCGUCUCCGUGACAAUUGAAUUGGAAUCCUGCUUUCUUGUUA